GUCAGUUACAAUCGGACGACGUCAAAAAAGAAAAAAAUGUCAAACAGUGACAAUUUUUUACAAAUUUUUAUUUUCUCCUCUUUCUUUAAAUUAAUGCUCGCCUCAGAAUUAGAGGAUUUUACUCUUUCUAAUUUAACAGUUCACAAAGUUCGAAGAGAAGUUCCCGAAUAUAAAAAGUACCUUCUCUUUCCACAAGGUAGUAAUGUUCAGCUGGUUUAUUGUAUGACAAUUGGAACGUACGCAAGGCCAGGAGGAUUUUUUACAAUGGGUGUAACAGCAGGAUUAGCUUAUGAAUUGCCACACAAACGUACAGUACCAUUUAGAAAGCCAGCGGAAGUUUAUCAUCGUAGAAGCAGAAGAGAAUUAUAUCAAAAACUUGAAUUAAUGUUAAAAACACAAGGCAAAGAUGGCAAAGCAUGUGUAUUGAAAGCUCUCUGUAACGCUGGAAAACGAAAUAGCACAAAAGUGGGAAAAGGAUCCUUUAUGGAAGAGAUUCUACACUCCAUAUUCACACUACCAACUGGAUCUUAUCAUUUAGAUCCAAAGACCCAAUACGAGGAAGCUUACGAAAAAAAUGUUGACUGCGACAAAGCCUUUCCUUCCUGUGGAAAAUCAAUUUUCACCUGAGAAUAAUAUUUU